AUGGAUAGCAAGAUUCCUACGAUCGCAAAGGACCCGGAAACAGGCGCAGACAAGGCCACGCUCACUUGGAGCAACGUUCAUAUCGUCAAGAAGGUUGAAUUGGCCAAUGGCAAAGAUACGGUGGAUGAAGUCAAUAACAUCUUUCGAAUCAUCGCGGACGCAAUCGAUGCCCAUGCCCUCAACAUUCACCUCUAUGGACAAGUAUCCGUCACCGGAACUGCACACAAUACUACUGGCCCAGCUCAUAAGAGGCAAACGGUACAAAAGCACAUUACUGUCAGGAUUAGCGGAAAUGAGCAGAAGCGAGGCAAUGCACACAUCGCCAUUCUGCCCGACAACGCAGGAAGGGCUGAUCAAGACAGUUUUCUCGACCCCGAUGCCACCCAUCAUUCCUUUGUACCGACAUGUGUUAUGUUCGCUGUCGGAGGCGAUCCGGUACUCAGGGUUCAAAAAUAUCAGGAUAUUGAAACUGUUGUCACACCAGAUCACAAGGACUUUGGCUGGACGAUGAUGACUAUGGCAACAGGGAUCAGCCAGCUUCAAUAUCACGGCUAA